UCCACUUCCGGUCUAAGAUUUGUGAAUAAUUUAGUCGUUCAAUAAUAAAAUUCGGCUUAAAAUAAUUAGGUUGUUCAGUUAUAGAUUGAUUCGUUGUUCACCUCAGCCAAUGGAUUAACGUUUUAUUAUUUAAUCGUGUCCUAUUUUGCAUCGAAUAAAGAGCAUUGCCAUGAAAUAAACAGAUGUGUAGUGACACUCGCCAAAGAACAUUUUGUUAUGCGAUUAGUCAUUCUUUGUUUAGAUUUGACAAGUUGCUAGAUCGCUGAAGAAUCAAUUCUUUUUUCUAAUUGAAAUGCACAAAAAAUCAUCUGUACAACUUAUUCCAUAAUGGGAGGCUGCUUCAGCUGUCAGCAAAAGCCGGCAGCGGAAAAUGCACAUUCUGUGGGAGUGGUCAGUAAUACCAGCAGUCCACAGCACAAUGCUAUAGACACAAAUGGAGCAGUCACGAGUCCUAAUCAAGUUAAUCUUAGAGUUGUGAACUCCCCACCACAAUCCAUCAACACUGGUGUUGUUCCUGUGUCUCCGCCACUGAUUGAUGCGAGGGGAGAAGCAGGGGAUGCCACGAGAGGUGUACCAAAGAUAUUUGUUGCUUUGUAUGACUAUGAUGCUAGAACAGCUGAAGAUCUUAGCUUUAGGAAAGGCGAACAUUUAGAAAUUCAGACUGACACUGAAGGUGAUUGGUGGUAUGCCAAGUCAUUGACCACAAAACUUGAAGGAUAUAUUCCAUCAAACUAUGUUGCGAAGUUGAAAAGUUUAGAAUCAGAACCAUGGUAUUUUGGCAAGAUAAAGAGAGUGGAGGCUGAGAAGAAACUGUUGUCUCCAGAGAAUGAACAUGGUGCAUUUUUAAUCAGAGAUAGUGAAAGUCGACGGAAUGACUAUUCACUUUCAGUUCGAGAUGGAGAUACAGUUAAGCACUACAGAAUCAGACAGCUGGAUGAAGGAGGAUUUUUCAUUGCUCGUCGUAUCACGUUCAGAACUCUGUCAGAACUUGUAGAGCACUAUGGUGUUGACGCUGAUGGCUUAUGUGUCAACCUGAGGCAAUCAUGCACACAGGUUGAAAAGCCACAAACUGUUGGGCUGUCCUACAAUACGAAGGACCAGUGGGAAAUCCCAAAAACUUCUCUGAAGUUGCUGCGUAAGAUAGGACACGGGCAGUUUGGGGAAGUCUGGGAGGGACUAUGGAACAACACUACACCAGUGGCUAUCAAGACCCUCAAGCCUGGCACUAUGGAUCCGAAGGAUUUCCUGGCGGAGGCUCAGAUCAUGAAGAAGUUACGUCAUCCAAAGCUGAUCCAGCUGUAUGCCGUGUGCACACAGGAUGAACCCAUCUACAUCAUCACUGAACUCAUGAGGCAUGGAAGUCUACUCGAGUUCCUGCAAGGUAAAGGGCGAGCAUUAAAACUGCCUCAACUGAUAGACGUCGGAGCCCAGAUAUCUAGUGGAAUGGCCUACCUAGAGUCCCAGAAUUACAUCCACCGAGAUCUGGCUGCCCGUAACAUCCUAGUGGGGGAGACCAACAAUGUCAAGAUAGCUGACUUCGGCCUCGCGCGUGUUAUCAAGGAGGAUGAGUAUGAGGCACGUGUUGGAGCCAGAUUCCCGAUCAAGUGGACCGCCCCUGAAGCCGCCAGUUACAACCGGUUUACCAUCAAGUCAGAUGUCUGGUCAUUCGGAAUUCUGCUCACUGAAAUCGUAACUUACGGCAGAAUCCCUUAUCCAGGUAUGACUAACGCGGAGGUGUUACACCAGGUGGAGCACGGGUACCGAAUGCCGUGUCCCCCCGGCUGCCCUAAGGGCUUGUAUGAGAUCAUGCUCGAGUGCUGGAAGAAGGAGGAAAUGGAGCGACCAACAUUUGAAACACUUCAAUGGAAACUCGAGGAAUUCUUCAAUCUCGAGAGCACCGACUACAAGGAAGCGUCAGGUGUACGGUAGUUAGUGGACGAGGAGGGUUUUUACAUCCCCUUGGGCAGAUUGCAAUCUUAGCUGAAACGUUCAUUCGUCAUUUUCAUCUUUCCUUACACAUUGUCAUUUUUCAUAGAUUUGUUUCUCUUUCUCAAGCUGUGCAAGGUUUGGUUCCUUUAUGAAUGACAUUUGUCAAGUUGUUAGAGAGAUAUUUUCAAGUGUUGACCUUCAGUAAAGUGUUGACCUUGAGAACUGUUAUUGUACUCAUUUGUGACACCAGUUUACAUUAUGCCGUUGUUUUUUAAAUGCAUUUGUUAUUUCUCUUGAAGCUAACUAUCAUUUAGUGCAGAUCAUGUUAACAAUUCCUUUGAUAUUGGUAAAAAGCUGUCUUUUAAUUAGAGGAAUGGGUUUUUAUUGAUUGGCUUUCACUGUAGAGUUGUACAAUUCCUAUGAAUAUUUUCUAUGUAAAUUUAAAAUUGCAUUUUCUGGAAUGAAUGAAUCUAUCCUAGUCAUUAUUAUAAUAUAUGCUUCAUUGUUCUGUAGGGUAGUAAGAUAGUAGAGUUUAUUAGUGCUUUUUUAUUCUCAAUGUUGUUUUGAAAUGUUUUUUAUGCUAGAUUUGUGAACUGAACUAAAAAUCAACAUUGUAUAAUGACUGCAGCAGCCAACAGGAUUCUCUUAUCAAUUUUGUAUGAUUUUGCCAAUAUUUUUCUCGUAAUUCUGCUCUAAGGAGAUAAAAUAUGAUCUAUAUCAAAGUUACAUGGACAGUAAUUGUUGCUUUUUUGGAUGAAAAAAUAUACUUGAGCAUUGUUUUCAGUCCGGGAUUUUAGCCAUACAUGUACAUGACUUCUCUAGAACUGAUGCUCAAAUAAUGAAUAAAAAGAUAAGAUAAAAAAACCAGGGGCCAUGAUUACGACCAGCCUGGAGUCAAAGUCUAGGCUCAGACUGGGAAAAGACCUUUCAUUUAACUACAAAGAGACAUUUUCAUUGCAUUUGUUUUACAGAAAUGAAUGUGAAUAAUUGUACAAUUUUAAAUAGUAAUUAAUAUCAGCAAACCGCAUCAUCAAAACUCAACUAGAAAAAGUUGAAUAGGAACAGAUUUGCAGUUUUGCCAUUUGAGUCGUAACUUAUACUAGAGGCUGUUUGUAUUCAUGGCCCCUGUAGUAAGGUUUAUUUAAACAUUUAGUUACAUUUCAAAGAUGAGUUUAGUGAGAAGUAAAUCAUAUUACCGGGGUACUGAAAAAUUCUAGAAAUAAUUUAUAUUUUCCAUUCAUAUCCUUAACGUAUUUGUCUCAGUAAAUUGUAUCAGAAAACGCAGAUAUUAACUGGCAAGUCUAAAGUAGAUUUGUCAUAUUAACUCGAUACAUUGUUGAUACAAUUUUAGUCCUUUUUGUAGAUAAUUACCAAAGCUAGGAUGAUUCACUGUUAUUGAUUUUAUAUUUUACUGGAUAAAUGUUGCUCGCAGAUAUUUGAGGAUGGAGCUGUCUUGUUGUUGUUAUCAGAGCAUAAUAAUUAUAUUAGAGGCACAUCCUGUGAGAUUGUUUAGAGAUGAAAAAAGGAAGAAUUCCUUCAAUUUCAAAAAGAAUGGCAUAUUGCCGUGGAUGUUAUACAAAAUACAAAGUUGUAAACACUUGUCAUCUGUGUUUACAGAGCUGUAAACAAUCACAUGAUUAAGAUUUUAAGCAUUUUUAAAAUGCCCCAGGCGUUUUUUUCAACAUGAUUUAUAUCAGUAAUUGUAAAUGGCCAAUCAAUAAUAUUACCAAAAAAGGAGGCAGUAAAUGAUCUGAGAGAAUGUGCCUUUAACUAGUGCUUCAAACCUCCCGCUGUUUUCAUGUACAUGUAAUUAUGUUAAACAGAGAGAACUAUGUACAUGUAUUUGAUUACAUGAUACUUGGUGCAAAGAUUUGACUUGCAUAGAAGUACAUGCCUUUUGAGACGUUGCAGGACAUAUCUGCCAACUCCAUCUUGAAUGUGCCAUUGCUUGGAACUUCCAAACUUCCAAUAUCCCACUGUCAAUAUUCAUUCCUGUUUCAUUCAUAACUUCACAUCUUUUAUGCAAAUAUCUCGAGAUUCAGGUUACAUUUCUCUGCUGGUUGCUCUACAUGUCCGUGUCUUUUAUCAAAUAUCUCGAGAUUCAUGUUACAUUUCUCUGCUGGUUGCCCUACAUGUUAGUGUCUUUUAUCAAAACAUGGGUGGAAAAACAAACACAUUGAUAGGUACACUUUGCAUUGCAUUUAAAGAGUUUGACUUACUAAACUAUUCAUACAUUAUUAACAGCCAUUUAGUAUGUUUAUUUCAUAUUUUGCUGUGUCAGCAUUUAUCAACUUUAUGAUAUAUUGUGUUUUAAAAGGAAGUCUACACAUAUGUCAUUUCACAAUCGUAUGAUCACUCUAUGUAUGUGUAUGUAGAACUUGGAUUAUUUGUAACAUGAAAAGCUUGUUCUAGAGUUAUAGAAACAGUGGAAUCAGAGCUCCCUUGUUGAAAGAAUGAUUUACAAACAGCAAACAGUUCUGCUCAAAUUGUUAGAUAGUUUGAUAUUAGAGUACCUGAAUUAGCCAGAUCAGAUUCGUAACAAAAAAAAACCUAAAAAAAGCUCAUUCAAGAUUUGUGCCAGUUUGUGUUAGUAAGUAUAAGCAGCAGUUUACUUUAUAACCAUGACAUGUCACAGAUAUUUGGCUGAACAUUCCUUAUUAGUUAAUGUGAUUGUAAAUAAUAAACAAUCACAAUUCAGCCUCGAUAUAUACUAAACAGGAAUAUGUUUUUUUCCACAGAUUCCUGUGGAGCUAUUGGCUGGGGGAAUAAACAAAGUUAACUGGUUGCUUUUGGUUGUAAAUUUAUUUGUUUUUAAUCAGUUAAAAAAAUGAGAUUUUAUUUUUUAUUUUUAACUGAUUCAAAAAUGUUAACUGGUGGUUGCUUUUGGUUGUAACUUUAUUUGUUGUUUAUAAUGACACUCCAGUUGACUUCAAAUUUGAAGGCAGGAGAGCCCUCAAAAGAGCUUCUAAAAAGCCAGUUAGCCUCUGUAGCAGGUCGCUUCAUCCCCUUUGGGGGCCAUAAAUGGUGCUUAAACCAUCUCUAAAAUGGUACCAGCCCUUUAGCAUCAGGUCCCUCACAUCCCUUUGUAAUAUAGAACUUGUGACCCCAGUUAUGUGUAUAUGUCUCAAUAACCUUGUACACUUUGAAACAGAAACUGCUACUACAUGUGUUGUGUCGUGAUAUUACCGUAGUUGUUAUUUUAUUUUGUAUUCUUUUAUUCUAAUCUGUCAUGUAAUUAUCAUUUAAGUUCACAAAGACUGGAAUACCAUCGUAACUUAUGAUCUCAUACCAAAUAAUAUGUCCACUGUUAUCACAGAUGGAGUAAAUAUGUGUGUACUUAUGCACUGCUCAAAAUGGAAUGGAUAUUUGAAAUAUUUUACAUUCUUUAACAAAAGUAAUUGUAAUCUGUUAUUGUGAUAUUUGAAUGAUUGAAACAUUACAAUUAAUGAUAAAUUAAGUGCAAACAUCUGGAAACUUUUAAAUGAUCUUACAGGUAUACUUCUUCUGUUCAAUUUCAAAACAUGCAACUACAGUACCGUAAUAGAAUUGCAAUGCUCCUUUUAAACAGAAACUGGCCAAUAGGCUGUCUGUACAGUUAUGUUUAUAUAAAUGUAGAUAUUCAAAGAUGUCACUUAGAUUAUAAUGAACAUUGCCGGCCAAUGAUAAUGUCUAUCAGCCUCCAGUAAGUACCACAUUGAAUCAUUCAGAAUGAUAAUCAAAUUAACGGACAUGGAGUCAUAGUUUGGUUUCCCGUCUGCUAAAAACCUGUUUUAACCUAUGUCAGUUGGACGUAUUGUGUAAAAUCAAAUGACUAAAAUUUUGAAGAUUUUAAGCAAUAUGUUCUUGCUGUUACUUAUUGAUAGGAUUUUUAUUGAACUAAUGAGUGUGAUUUUUUACAAUGAGGUGUUUAAUAGCUCCUGUUUAUAUUACAAGUUCCAAACCAUUAUCACUUUAGUUUGGAGUCCAGAACUAUUUUGAGCAGUGUUCGCAGACCAAAUAUUUUACCAUUGUAUAGAUUUCAUUUCAUUUUGUUGAAAAAAUUAUGUACUACAAAAGGAAAACAUUUAUUUGUGUCCUUGUGAAAGCUUGUGAUAAACCAGUCACAAUAUUGUAACUUUUUUGAGUCAACAGUUUUGCUCAAGUGCUGAUAAAAAAUGUUUGCAGUCAUUUACUCACUGUUAGGUGUAAAAAGAUUUGUUUUUUCUUUAUAUGUGGAUAUACAUAGUUGUUAGAUGCAUGCUUCAUUUUUACUGCCACAAUGUUAUACUUGUGCUAGAGUUAGUGACUUUUUAUUAGAGGUUGAAAGUAUGUGUCAUUUACAUACAUAUGCUUUGUUGUAGUCAAGUUUUUUAUCCUUUAAAGUAAAUGUCUAAUAAUUAGUGUUGUACAGUGAGGCUUCGGUUACAAGUAACAAAUACAGGGUUGAGUGCAAAAUUAUAUUAUCUCUAUUAAUGAAGUGAGUUGUAUAACACAGUUCUGAAUUUUUUCCAUACAUAUAAUAAUAAAUGUAAACAAAUGAUUAAAUAUGUAUUACUGACAGCGGUGUUUAUCAUAGACCAUAUUUAUCAUAGAUAUUAAAGGUAAUGAUCUGUAUGUUAAAAUGCCAUACCAUUUCUUGUAAAAUAUAUUUAGAUCUAAACAUGAUAUAAAUGUAGAUAUAUAAUUAAUUUAUACACAGUAACUAUGUUUAUUAUAAUACAAAUGGUAUACUCCUUUACACAUGUAUACUAGACAAUGAUACAUGUAUUUGUGUAUUUGUAUUGAGAAUAAUCUGCUCAUCCUUUUGAAAUAAUGUCCAUAUUUCCGACUACUUUGCUACAUUAUGUUAUAUUUCAUGGAUGUUUUAAUAUAAUGGAUUGGCUUGAACUCUGAAAUGUCAUAAAUGAGGCAUACUGUGAUUAGUGCAGUGUAUGACAUUAGUUCUCUUAGUUCUCUUAGUAUAUCUCUUCAAUCAUGAUCAUUUGCGCGCUCUUUUCCUCAAUAGAACACAAUAGCUGCCAUUUAAAGUUGCUUGUUAAGUAGUUUUGCCUUAUGAAUCAUAGGCAGUAAAAAUAAGCUUAUUUGAUGGCAAUUUUCUUUUUUAUGAUUUCGUCAAUAGUGUCGUUAAAUUAGUUGAUAAAAUUGAUGAACACGGGUCUUUGAAGAUGAAAAAAAACGGACUUUUGAUAAGGCCUAUUGCCGUAACAAUUUCUGUUGGAAAUAUGGACGAUUUCAUCUAAAUGUGUCGUAAUUGUGUCUGUCAUUGAUGUAUUUUGCUUUGUCAAAUGUUGGCCCUUCAUUCAUUGUGACUUUAUUUUAUGGACAAAACUGUGUAUAUGUUUUAUAUCAGUGAACUCUUUUGUAGCAUCUUUAUCGAAGACCAGUAAAGUAAACGUAAUAUUUGUA